AUGGAAUACAAAGGCUAUUUGAUGGCCGUCGACGGCUAUAUGAACCUCCAGCUCGGCAACUCUGAAGAGUACAUCGACGGUGCUCUCGCUGGACAUCUCGUACAAGAUAGAACGCUUCAGUUUACAAGUGCCUCCAGUAGACUCGGCCGGCAUCAAAUGGCGCUGGAAGAUUACGAAAUCGAAGAACAAGAUCACGGACAUUUAGGAGUCCAUGUUGCCGUCUCGGAUGAGCUAAUUGACAAACUUCAUAACGUAUACACGCCUAAAUCCAAGCCGAAAAAGCCAAAAAACUCAAAGUACAAGCCGAAGCAUCACGAUAAAGUAAACUAUCAGUUCAACAUCGACGUCGACGGAUUCGUCCCGAAGACGAAAGAUGAGUACUUCGCUAAGAUCGAUUCCUGGGGAUGGUCAUCUCAUUUCGCGUCCGUUCUCUGUGGAGGAAGACCGCUUAGAUCAACAUUCGCCAGCUUGUUCGAACGCUAUGGCUUUUUUCACAAAGGCUUUGUCGACUCUCGUACCUUUUUCAAUUUCUGUGACUCAAUCGAAUUCAAGUACUCCAGGCAUCGGAAUUUCUACCAUAAUGGUAUCCACGGUACAGACGUUCUCCAGACUGUACAUGUGAUGAUCAAUAGCACCGGGCUGAUAAAUUUUCUCAACGAUCUGGAAAUAUUAGCGAUCCUCUUCGCCGCUGGAUGCCACGAUGUCGAGCAUACCGGCACCACCAAUGACUUUCAUAAAGAUACCGAAAGCGAGCUUGCUCAGAUGUAUAACAACGUGUCUGUGUUAGAAAAUCACCACUUAGCAACGACGUGGAAUACAUUAAACGAAAAAGAUUGUAACAUGCUAGCGAAACUUGAUGAUAAGCAAUUAGAAUAUUUCAAGGAGCUUGUCACAGAGAUGAUUCUACACACAGAUUUGGCAAAGCAUUUCGAUCAAGUAAAGAGCAUCAAUUCUGCGCUAACCGUGAUGACUCCUGAAAAAUGGUCAGAGUACGAGAACAGUCCAGAUGAAGAGCUCCUCGCCCCCUUCGACAAGAAGAGUCUUUUAGCUAUGGUAUUGCAUGCAGCAGACAUCUCGAAUGCGGCGAAGCCCUGGCACUUGCAGCAAUUAUUCACCAUGCAGAUUCUGCAAGAGUUCUUCUUCCAAGGAGAUGAGCUCAAACAGAGAAACAUGACGCUGCCUCCUCUGUCAAACAGGACGACCACGAACAUACCAGACAGUCAAAUAGGAUUCAUCGCAUAUCUUGUCAAGCCACUCUAUGAGUCUAUGUCGAAUUGCCUCCGAUCAAUGGCACCAGUGAUUGCAGCUCGCGCGAAGAAAGGAUCAAGCUAUGUACACGAACGAUUGUCAACGUGUUCUAUUCUCAAAACGAUGGAUGACUUUGAUAAGCUGUGGCGUGGAAAUUUAACCUACAACUCUGAUCGUUGGGCGAAAAUCAAAAAUGCUGAGAACAGAUUUCAGAGACCGAGUGUGAUGCCCAAGAAACCCCGCAUUUUGGAAAAGCAUAAGUCAGACGAACCUGUGCCAAUUGUAGAAGAUGCCGGAGAAUCUGAGGAAGAAAGCGAAAAUGAAGAAAUGAAUCAAAUGUUCAUUAGCAAAGCUCGCAAGUCUCUCGCCAUGUCACACCCCGCAACGAUGUCCGCGAAUCCCGAUAACAUCCCUGUGGAUAUUGCCAUCGAUGCAUAUGAGAGUCCAGAAGAGUCAGAAACUGACGAAUGA